UGCCCGUGCCUGCGCCGCUUCACGGCGUGCGUGUCCCCGCGGCCGCACCCGCCGGCGGCAAACGCGGGCCUCGGCGACAGCGACGAGGGGCGGCGCCGGCAGCAGGCGCAGCAGCAGGCGGCGCCCUCCCUCAGCAUGGUGAAGCUCACAAAGUCCAAGACCUUCCAGGCGUACCUGCCCAACUGCCACCGCAAGUACAGCUGCGUGCACUGCCGCGCGCACCUGGCCAACCACGACGAGCUCAUCUCCAAGUCCUUCCAAGGGAGCCAAGGAAGGGCGUAUUUGUUCAACUCCGUAGUGAACGUGGGCUGCGGGCCGGCAGAGGAGCGGGUUCUGUUGACCGGGCUGCACGCGGUCGCCGACAUCUACUGCGAAAACUGCAAAACCACCCUGGGCUGGAAAUACGAGCACGCGUUCGAGAGCAGCCAGAAGUACAAGGAGGGUAAGUACAUCAUCGAGCUGGCGCACAUGAUCAAGGACAACGGCUGGGACUGAACCUCCCCCUUCACCCACCACUUCGGUCGGCAGUCACUUCAGAGCACCCCCACCACGGCUGCCCCCGUGUGGAGUGGAGUGGGGGGGGGGGUCAGGGAUGGGGUCGAGGAGCGCGUG